AUGCAUUUACACUUUAUUUUCCUAAUAUUCCGCUAUACUUUUUUAAUCGAUUCGAAGAAAAUUGAUACUCAAAAAUUUAUUUUCUGCAAAAAUUUACGUUGUGAUGACUUGUCAAAUGUUAGCGUUUGUGGUAUUAAAGAAGAAGUAGAAGGUUUUCGAUUGAAGUUAUUUAAAAACGAAUGCCAAUUACUAAGAUAUGGCUGCAAUGUGGGAAAUGAUGAAACUUAUGGUAUAAUUAAUUUAGAAUACUGUAAUAAAGCUUUCUCAAACGAAGAAUAUGAAAAGCAACAAAUUAACAACGAAUUUACUGGAAGUUUAUAUGAAGAAGGAACUGAAAUCAACAGAACCGAAAAUUGCAUGAACAUUAAUUGUAAAUUAACAAAUGAAACACGUAAUAUCUGUGGUCUUAAAGAAGAUGGUGCUGGAUAUAAAGUAAGAUUGUUCAAUAAUAAAUGUGAGCUUAUGAAACACAACUGCGAAGAAAAUAAGGUAUUUGUUGAAACUGAUUUAUUUAUUUGUAAAUCGGUUUUUACAAAUUCAUCUAUUAACGAUAAAGCAAAUAAAAUGGAACCUAAGGAUAUGGUUAAUGAUACAAUUCAGAACCUUGUAAUUGUGAACACUAAUAUACUAGAUUACAAAAAUGAUAUUAAUAAUACAAUUGAAACAUUUUUCGCAGCGACGCAUGUUAAAGAUUUACCGAUAAGAGAAUUUUCUCCAAACGUGGUGAAUGAAAUAACGCGAAGAAGAUUGAUAAAAAUUGCAGGACCAGUUAAGGUUUUCGAACCUUAUACAAUUAUUCCAAAGAAUAUCAGUGAUGAUUAUAUGCAUAGUCCCACAUUGCAAUCUUGCUACCAUAAAUGUCCUGAAAAAUGUCCAGAUACGUACGCGCCAGUAUGUGGAGAACCAGGUAACAUUGCUCGAGAACCGACUCUUAUGUUUCAGAACCACUGCUUUAUGGAUAAAGCGCAAUGUAAAAUGCGCUGGGAAAAUAAGAGCCCUACAGCCAUGAGUUCCGCAUACGUAGAAACGAUGUUUGUGUUUUGUUUGGGAGAUCAAUUAAAUGCUAUGCAUCGAUUUUUGCCAUUAGUGAAGACACUCCAGCGUAUGGGUCGCCUCAAAAAGAAAGGCAGAUUCCGAUAUAGACUUAGAAACUUGAGAUUCCUUAACAAUUUUCUCUCUAGAGAUCCUAAGCCGAUGGGAUGA